AACUUUAAUACAUAAUUUGAAUUUCAAAAAACAAUCUACAUAUUUCUCAUUGUGGGUGUUCUUAUUUGUUGAAAUCUUGGUGAUCUUUAGUUUUGCAAUUCUUGUUUUGUUGAACAAAGACAUGGGUAAUUCUAAGUCUUCUGUUUUUUUCAAGAAAGAUGAUGGGGUUCGUGCUAUGAAGAAUUGUUAUUCAGAGGAGUUAGAUUCUUAUUAUACUAUUAGGCCUGAAUGCCUAGCUGAGGUUCCCAAGACCCGCUUCAAAUCAAGGGUAGGAAAAACUCUUAGCGAAAGAAGAUGGAAAGCUGCAUUCUCUAAAGAUGGUUAUUUGGAUAUAGCUGCUGUUCUUCGACGAAUACAACGAGGGGGGAUUCAUCCAUCAAUUAAAGGGGCAGCCUGGGAGUUCCUGUUGGGUUGUUUUGAUCCUGAAAGCACAUUUGAGGAAAGAAACCGGCUUAGACAGCAACGAAGGGAGCAGUAUGCUGCAUGGAAAUCUGAAUGUCAAAAUAUUGUGCCUAUCAUCGGCAGUGGAAAAUUAAUCACUAGUGCUAUAGUCUGUAAUGAUGGGCAACCUAUAGCAUCUGAUGACGGGCAACCUAUAGCAUCUGAUGACGGGCAACCUAUAGCAUCUGAUGACGGGCAACCUAUCGCAUCUGAUAAUGGGCAGCCUGCAGUGUGUGCAACUAGUACCAGUAAUUCACAAGAUAAUGAUGCCGUGCCAGCUCAUAAUGGUGAUUUGGACAAGAAAAUGCUUCAGUGGAAGCUUAUCUUGCAUCAAAUUGGUUUGGAUGUUGUUCGAACGGAUCGUACUCUUGUAUUUUACGAGAAUGAAGCUAAUCAGGCAAAACUUUGGGAUGUACUUGCUGUCUAUGCCUGGAUGGAUAAAGAUAUUGGUUAUGUUCAAGGAAUGAGUGAUAUUUGCUCUCCAAUGAUAAUUCUGCUUGAGAAUGAAGCAGAUGCAUACUGGUGCUUCGAACGUGCAAUGCGUCGAUUGCGAGAUAAUUUCAAGUGCAGUGCAGAUUCAGUUGGAGUGCAGUCUCAGCUAGGUACUCUAGCUCAAAUAGUUAAAACCGUCGAUCCAAAGCUUCAUCAACACCUGGAGGAGCUAGAUGGUGGAGAAUAUCUGUUUGCAUUUCGCAUGCUGAUGGUACUUUUCCGCAGGGAGUUCUCUUUUGUUGACUCACUCUAUCUUUGGGAGGUGAUGUGGGCCAUGGAAUACAAUCCAAACAUAUAUUCAUCAUACGAUGACAAAAGACAAACCCUUCUUUCUGAAUUAUUGUAUGAUGAUAAACCGGGUGAUAAGCAUAAACUAAAGGAGUAUGGGAAGUUUGAAAGGAACAAUUUGAAAACUGGUGCGGCAGAACAGAAUAGUGCUCUUUCUGUUUUCCUGGUUGCAAGUGUUCUAGAGACCAAGCAUAGACGACUUAUGAAAGAGGCGAAGGGCCUAGAUGACGUUGUACAGAUCUUGGGUGAAAUAUCAGGGAAUUUGGAUGCAAGAAAAGCAUUAGAUGAGGCAUUGAAGGUUCAUAAGAAGUACUUGAAACAGGUAACUCAGUUUCCUUUCAACACACUUGAUGCAGGCUAAAAAAUCAUAGUUGGAGCUGGUAGUGGUUACUGCAGCAAGCACCUCCUGUGGUUAAAGUAUUGUCUCAAUUUUUGUUUUUUCAUGAUUAAUUUCAUUUUUUAAACUCUUUUUUGGGAUUUUAUCCUCUUUGCUUUUUAACUCCUCCCCCCCCCUCCCCUCCCCUCCUUUCCUUGGAGGUGUAAUUCCUCUUUGAAUAUAUUAGUCAUGUCUGCCUUCUAUAAGAAAGAGGUGCAUGUAUAUGAGUUUUGAUGUGACAUGUACAUGACAUAUUUUGAGAUGCAACUAUUUUAACAACUCCAGAAAGUAUGAAAAUUGCAAGCAA